UGUGUGACGGCACAGGAGUGGAGAGAAGCUCCGUGUCACAGUCACUGAGCUGCCGCUGCUGUUGCUGUCGCGGAGUGUGUAGUUGUCCGGUUUUUUAAAAGAGGGUGUAUGUGAAUCCGGAGCUCAAGGAAACGUACGUGUUUUCACCUCUGUGGACUUUGACUCAGGUUUCUUCAGUCCAUGCACGGUGAAGGAGACCGUCUGCCUGUUUGUGCGGCCACGCGGGGUGUGCCCGUGCGUUUGUAGGUUUACGUGCGAGUGUGUUUGCAUGUUGUGUAUACACACGCUCGACAGAGAUGCAGGGAGCCCAGUCCCCAGUGCUGCGACUCGUGCUGCUAAGCUGCUGCGUGUGUGUGGCAGCCGGCUACCCAUUCAAAACACCACAGGACCUGGAUGUGACUCCACGCAUCACCGUGUUUAGCAGUGGUCUCCAGGGCUGCAGGCGUUUCCAGUCCUCUGCCGUGAACUACAGCACCAUGCUGCUGGAGGCUGACAGUGAGCAUCUCUAUGUCGGUGCCCGGGGAGUUGUAUACCGUCUCGAUGCCUCUGACAUCUCAGCCGACUCUGCUCUCACUAUGGAGUGGGAGGCCUCUCCUGAACAAAAACAGCAGUGUCUACUUAAGGGAAAAGACAAUGAGACCGAGUGUUUCAAUCACAUCCGCUUCCUUCAGAGGUUCAACUCGACUCAUCUCUACGUGUGUGGGACCUACGCCUUCAAACCGCUCUGUGCAUAUAUAAAUGAGAAGAGGUUUGUGAUGUCGUCUCCGCCUGAGGAGGGCAAAGACAAAUGUCCCUAUGGCCCAACAACAGGCUACACUGCCCUCAUCAUCGACCAGCAGAUGUAUUCGGCAUCCCAGUAUGAGUUCAGGAGUUUUCCGGAUAUUCGCCGCAACUCUCCGGCUCCUACGCUGAAGACAGAAGAUGCACCAACACGCUGGCUCAAUGAGGCAGACUUUGUGGGAUCUGCACUUGUGAGGGAAAGUUUGAGCAGCAGCAUUGGCGACGACGAUAAGAUCUACUUCUUCUUCACCGAACGGAGCCCGGAGCAAACGACCACCUACAGCCACAGCAGAGUGGCACGAGUGGCUCGCGUUUGUAAGGGCGACAGAGGAGGCCGCCUAACUCUCCAGAAGCGGUGGACGUCCUUCCUUAAGACCAGACUGAUGUGUUCCCUGCCGGAGUACGACUUUCACUUCAACGUGCUGCGGAGCGUGUUCGUCACGCCUGGGCAAACACCACAGGACACAUUCUUCUACGGCAUCUUCGGCCUGGAGUGGAAAAACGUGAAGGCGUCUGCUGUGUGUCGGUUCUCUCUGUCUGAAGUCCAAGAGGCUUUUCAAGGACCCUACAUGGAGAACCAGGAUUCAGGCUCCAACUGGAAGGAAUACACUGGAAAGAUCCCUGACCCACGACCUGGGACGUGCAUGACUGACGCUCUGAGGGCCAGGGCCAUAAAUGAUUCCACCUCGCUGCCCGAUGACAUGCUGAACUUCGUCAGAAGACAUCCUCUGAUGUUUCAGCAGGUCCAGCCGUCAGACAGGCGCCCCCUCUUGUUCAGGAGGACCACGCACUACACGCACAUGGCCGUGCACACGAUCCAAGGCGUGGAUGGACAAGCGAACCAUGUGUUAUACAUGGGCACUGAUGAAGGAUGGUUGCACAAGGCCGUAGAAGUCAAAGGUCAACUGCACAUUAUCGAGGAGCUCCAACUAUUCGAGGAACCACAGCCUGUUAACAAUCUACUGAUAUCUGUAGAACAGAUGAGUGUGUACGUGGGCUCUCCAUCAGGCGUGGUGCAGCUGCCGCUCUCUGACUGCCGCAGGUAUGUUUCCUGUUAUGACUGCAUCUUUGCCAGAGACCCUCACUGUGCCUGGAACGGAGCCCACUGCGUGGACAUAAUGACACAAGCAGACAGGUCCACCUUAAGACAGGACAUUCAGCAUGGCAGCAGUGGAUGUGAGAACGUACAAGAUGACGUCGUGCAGCGGAGCCGCUCUGUGAGGGUGGGCGACGACGUGCUGCUGCAGUGUGAGUUCAGCUCCAACCUGGCGACUCCUCUCUGGACUCUCGAUGGCAGCGAGCUGCAUGGCUACGGUCUCAACUCGGGUUUUCGAACUGGCACAGACGGACUGUUGAUCAUCGAGGCGCGGCAGGACCAGUGCGGGCUGUACACCUGCUACGCUGUUGAGAACAACGUCAGGGUCGCUGUGGUUACCUACAACAUCACCAUCAACCCCAACCUGCCCCCGCCACCACCGGUUGAGCCAACUGAAGACCCUCACCACGUCAUCACCACCCCGCAAGAACAUCCUCCGCCGACAGAACAUCCGUCUUCAGAGAAGCCCUUCCCGCCACCUCCAGCUCCUCUCCUCCCCCACUCAAAGCUGUUCUCCCCCAGGAACAUGGAGGCCAUGUACUUGUCCCUCAUCACCAUCCUCACAGGACUGUGUGUGGUCCUCACCGUCGUCCUCCUCUAUGUGGGAUUCUGCCUGCGCGUGGGCAACAGAGGGAAGUACUCGUUACGUGCGGCGACGUCAGCCUACCCGAGCAGCAAGAGGCACAACAAGAACAGGAAACAGCUCAGAAGCUCCUCCCACAUGGAGCUGAAGACAAUCUCAAACCACUGUAACGGCAAAAGCAUUUGUAACGGCGAUUCAAAGCAUCAUAACGGCAACAUCGAGGACGGAGGUUUCCUUCAGAUUGUCCCCGGCGAGGGUCACCCAUCGCCUAAUAAGGGUCCGCCUCCCCCCGCACCUCCUCUCCCUCCCACGCCGCAACAUCCGUCUCCGGAGUGCGACUUCCCCAACGGACUGUCGGCCACGCUGCCCAGUGUCUUGCGGAGGAUGAACGGGAACAGUUACGUGCUGCUGAGGCAGAGUGACUCUGAGAACACUUCACCAGUCUGUUACUCCUUUGCCGAGGAGCUCAAUAAGAUCUUAGAGAAGAGGAAACACACGCAGCUGCUGCCCAGGCCCGACGAGAGCUCAGUGUAGGUUACAUGUAGCGCCCCACUGUGGUGGGAGGACCGAUGAGUUUCAAGUGCCUGUGACAUGCUUGGUUAUUGCUGUGGACUAAAGCAAUAACAGUCUAAUUUACAUUUUUACAAGUCCACAUUCAGACAUUUUUUUUUUUUUUUACGUCAGGGCUGUUUGACAACUUUACUUCUCAAAUUUUUCAAAUUUCCCAAUGAAGGAUUGAGCAUGAAGUGGAAAAAAGUGGGAUCUACCUCACUUGAACACUGCUCAGAAGGACACAAUCCGUCAGUUACAGGCACGACUGCGAUCCACACAGCUCCGAUACACAAACUUUAAAGAGGAGCAGAGCCCUGUGGGAACAUAAAUACAUGUGAGGACUUGUGCUGUGUGGUGGCCAUAUUUGGCUCAGUUCACACUGAAGGGCAGCUAGCCAAAGUUUGCACUGGCGAGUGCACAGAUGGCCUUUGCAUUUUUUUUAAAAAAACAGCAAAUUCACAGGAUUUUGAACGCAGAAAGAUGGUUUUUGUGAAUUAAGGGACUAAUGGUGCACGAGUCAGUGUUUCUAAUUUUAUACAAACAGAAUAAUAUAUGGUAAAAAAAAACCUAAUCAAUGGUGAACUAAUCAUGAUUUAAUAUUAAUGUUAAAUAACAACAUUCCAGUCAAACAAUCCCUGAUAUGUGGAAUUAAAACUGCACCAUUCCACUACCUCAACUGACAAGUAAUUUGUAAUAACAUAUUUAGCAGGUUGAUGUUCACUCCUCACAACCACAAUAAACAAUAAUAAUGUACUUUAUAACAGCUGAGACGCUCUCAAUCCGUCGUAAAUAGUUGAAAUAGUUUUUAAAACCUUGUCUGCUACACACAUUGGAAACGUGGCCAUCGAAAAUAAAUUCACACAACCAUUAGAGGUCUUUAUUGGAUUCAUACACUCUGAUAUUCAUAAAAUAUUAAUGCCUAAACAAGAAAAACUUGACUUACCUAACCUAUACAUUAUUGAAGACAUAUUAAAUGAUGAUUAUUUCACCAUGUUGAUAAGAAACCUGAUGAAAACAUGACAGUAUUAUUGAUUUUUUUGAAUGCACUUUAACGACUAAUUUUAACACAUUUCGAGCGAAAGUUUUCCGACACAGUUUUUGAACGUGACACUACAAACCGUCGGGAAACCACAGCUUUUUGAAUGGUUGUAUCUGCAGCA